AUGUCGCAACACUCUCCAUCUUCCUACAACGUGGGCUACCCACCGCCGCCCCAGCAAACCGCCGGACGCAAGCGCAGCCACCAAGACGACUUGCAACACGAUCUCCCUCCGAGCUUAGAGCAGCAACUCAAUCCUUACGCCCAAGCAACGGGAAGCGUCUCACUACAACACGCGACGCAGGGUUACUCCCUUCAACAAUACCCGCCGCCGCCAACCCCACAAUCCUCUUUACCUCCCACACAUCACCAUCAUCUACCAAAUACACAUCGCAAUAAGAGACAUCACCCAAUGGAGGGCGCACCUCCCUCUCCCGCUCAACAUCAUGGUCCUCCCAGCGUAGUAGGACAAGAGGGAAUGCCUCCACCAGCACAACGACCCCGCGGCCCUAAGCUCAAGUUCACGCCCGAAGACGACCAGUUACUUGUCGAUCUCAAAGAGAAGAAAAACCUCACUUGGAAGCAAAUCGCCGACUUCUUCCCUGGCCGCAGCUCUGGCACACUCCAAGUUCGGUACUGCACGAAGCUCAAAGCAAAGACCACUGUCUGGACGGAUGAUAUGGUGGUAAAGCUUCGCAACGCCAUGCAGGAGUACGAGAACGACCGUUGGCGCAUCAUCUCCUCGAAGGUCGGCAGCGGCUUUUCGCCUACCGCGUGCAAAGACAAGGCCGAGCAACUAGAGGCGGUAGAGAUGGCUGCACAGGAAGAGGAGGAGGAAGAAUCACACCGACAACAUCAACACCAGGGCACCUAUUCCUCGUCGCAAAUGGCCGCUGGCCCAAGCGAUCCAGGCGCAAAUUACCAAUGA